AAUCUUUAAAUAGCUCAUUGAUAGAUUUAGAACCUACAAAUAUGGAUGCUUCGUUUUUGUCGUGGAAUUUAGCUGAAGCGCAACUCAACAGUUAUGCAAAAGCUAAAGGGGAGCAUAAUCAUCAGCUGCAAUCUGACAUUGGGCUAUAUGCUCCAAAGUAUAGAAAAUUAUCAUCAAAAAUCUUAGAAAAAAUAGAAUUCUAUGUUACAAAAGGAAAAAUAGGAACUAAGCAAAUGCUAUCUCUUUUAACUUCUGAAUUUCCUGAUCAUAUUAUUCACAAACGCGAUCUUUAUAAUGCCAUCCAAAAGGUUAGAAGACCACUCAAUCAAUGUCAGGAAGAAGCACAAGAAUUCGAAAAUCUCCAAUUGGAUUAUGAUAAUGGCUUUUUAGAGAAUCAACUCGACAGGCCACAAAACUCUAUUAUUGCUCUAAUUAAAGAUAUUGAUCUAAGUGAUAUAAUUGAAAUUUGGGAACUUAUAUGCCUAUCAAUGAUGAUGAAUACUAAAGCAGCAAAGUUUCACAUCGGGUUAGUAGCAAAAUGUUGGUAUUAUGAUGAUCGGCAAGAUAUAAGGCUUGAAGACUUACAGCCGCAAAGCAUUGAGAUUUCAACGAUGUUUCAGCAAACAGCUACUAAUAUAGCUGUUCCAGAUUUUCAUAUUAUAGAAAAAAUUAGAGAUACUAAUACGUAUAUCAUAAAGAACCAACAAGCAGCUAAUAAAAAAGCCAGAUAUGCAAAUAGAUUUGGAAGAAUGAAGAAGGCACUCAAUAUUGCUUUGGAUCUUGGAUGUGAAGAAGAGCUAAUCUAUGUUAUGUCUAGCUUUAUUAAUCAGAAAAAGUCUGCAAUUGAAAAUAUUGAUAACGAAAAUAUUCAACCUGGUGAAUCUCAACAGAUAAUUGUGAUGGAUCCUUUAGUUGUAAAACAUCGUGGACGGCCAUCGAUUAAGCGGUUGAAAAGCUUUUCUGAGAGUUAUGAUCAUAAAAAAUUGGUACAUGAUGUGACUAAUCUUCAAGAUCCAAACUUAGAAAUGCCUCCUUCAAAUAUAGAUUUGAAUAGUUAUGUUAUAGAUAACAAUGCGAAUGAAUUGUGCCAUGAAGGCAAAAGAAAAUAUGUAUGCAAUUUAUGUGGUGGGGUAGGGCACAAUUCACGCACUUGUAAGAAGCAGGAAUAA